CGUUAAAACAACCUACUACACGUGAAAUUUUUAAAAGUAAAUAAAUAUAGUUUUGAAAGGAAUUUAAGGCGGAUAUGUCCUCUCCCAGUGAAUCCUCAUCGGCUUCAGAGCACGAAGCAUCCAGUGAAGAUGAAACUCAGAAUGCCAUUCGUGACGAUCUUAAGGGAAUGUCCUUCGAGGAAAUAAUGAAACUCAAAGAGGAAUUGGGCGCCAAGGUCUACAAAGAAGCCGUCCUUGGGGCCAAAAGUUCAAGACCCCAAAAACCCAAAACCAAAAGCGAUCUUAAACGACUGAAUAAGAAUCGACCCCGUGAAAUGAGCACCAGGAGGCAGGUUCCAUUUUUGGGAGCAGAGCACAGAGUGGAGAGGAAAAAAGCUGUAGAACUUCGAGAUCCAAGAUUCGAUGAGAAAUCGGGAAGUUACAAUGCAGAAUCCUUCAAGAAGAACUACCAGUUCGUCUCCCAAAUUCGCACCAAGGAGGUCGGCCAGCUGAAAAAGCAACUGGACGAGGUGGAGGACGAUGAGGAAAAACAUCAAAUAAAGGACACCAUGCAGCGACUAAUCAACAAGAAUGUGGAGGACAAGAAGUGGCACACAAAACAAAAGCAACUCAAAAAAGAGCGCGCUGGCAUUCAAAAGAAGCAUAACCUAGGACAACAGCCUCACUAUCUCACAAAGAAGGAGCGUCGUGCCAAGGAACUGGUGGCCCAAUUUGAGAAGCUGAAAGACACCGGGAAACUGAAUAAACAUAUGGAAAAAAGACGCAAGAAAAACGCCGCCAAGGACCGCAAACGCAUUGGCAUAGAAUAAGUCUUUCACUUUAAGUAUAAAUGUAUUUUUAACAAUUAAACACACAGUGCUAAUCAGCAAACCUA